AGUUCCAAAGAAUGUACUUAUCUUGAAGUUACUUACUUUCGGCUUACAUGCCAAAGAAGUGAGUUGAUUCUGAGUUGUCUGCUGUGCUAUUUGCCCUCUCCACACAAUACCUCUUUUCUCAAGGAGGUGAUCAGAGGUGAGGCAUUUCUACAGCUUCCACAGAUGCUGUUAGAAAUCUGCGUUAUUAGAACUUCUCCUGGCUAAGGAGAGAAAUGAGAAGAUAAUAGUCUAGACUUUCAAUUUCGCAAUAAGCUACAUUUAGAUAGUGUCAUAAGCUUGGCUUCUGCUAUUUUUUGGUACCAGGAAUUGAACUCGGAACCUCGCACUUGCAAGGCAGGCAGUGGCACCACCGAGCUAAAUCCCCAGCCCCUGACUUCUGCUUUACACCUCGACUCAAAUCUACAGUCAGGAAAGCAUGCCUCAGACUCCUCCUUUUUCAGCAAUGUUUGACAGCAGUGGUUACAACCGGAACCUCUAUCAGUCUGCAGAGGACAACUGUGGAGGGUUGUAUUACCAUGACAACAACCUCCUCUCUGGCUCUCUGGAAGCACUUAUUCAGCAUUUGGUACCGAAUGUGGAUUACUACCCGGAUAGAACAUACAUAUUUACCUUCCUACUCAGUUCCCGGUUAUUUAUGCAUCCUUAUGAACUAAUGGGCAAAGUUUGCCACUUAUGCAUGGAGCACCAGAGGCUAAGUGAUCCUGAUGGCGAUAAGAACCAGAUGAGAAAAAUUGCACCUAAAAUUCUUCAACUCUUGACAGAAUGGACAGAAACAUUUCCUUAUGACUUUCGGGAUGAAAGAAUGAUGAGAAAUUUGAAAGAUCUGGCUCACAGAAUAGCCAGUGGCGAGGAGCAGACAUACCGGAAGAAUGUCCAGCAGAUGAUGCAGUGUCUCAUCCGCAAGCUUGCUGCUCUCAGUCAGUAUGAGGAAGUCUUGGCUAAGAUCAGCUCCACAUCUGCAGAUCGGCUCACGGUCCUCAAGACCAAGCCACAGUCCAUCCAGAGGGAUAUCAUCACUGUCUGUAGUGACCCGUACACGAUGGCCCAGCAGCUGACUCACGUAGAGCUGGAGCGGCUCAAUUACAUUGGGCCAGAAGAAUUUGUUCAGGCAUUUGUGCAGAAGGAUCCUUUGGACAAUGACAAGAGCUGCUACAGUGAACGCAAGAAAACACGAAAUUUAGAAGCCUACGUGGAAUGGUUUAAUCGCCUAAGCUACUUGGUUGCUACAGAAAUCUGCAUGCCUGUCAAGAAGAAACAUCGAGCACGAAUGAUCGAGUAUUUCAUUGAUGUGGCUCGAGAGUGUUUUAACAUCGGCAACUUUAAUUCCUUGAUGGCGAUAAUCUCUGGCAUGAACAUGAGUCCAGUCUCUCGACUAAAGAAGACCUGGGCCAAAGUGAAGACUGCGAAGUUUGACAUUCUUGAGCAUCAGAUGGACCCUUCCAGCAACUUUUAUAAUUAUCGAACCGCUCUUCGUGGGGCAGCACAAAGGUCUUUAACUGCUCAUAGCAGCAGAGAGAAGAUUGUGAUACCGUUCUUCAGUCUCUUAAUCAAAGACAUUUAUUUCCUCAAUGAGGGCUGUGCCAACCGCCUUCCAAAUGGCCAUGUCAAUUUUGAGAAAUUUUGGGAACUGGCCAAACAAGUAAGUGAAUUUAUGACAUGGAAGCAAGUGGAAUGUCCAUUUGAGAGGGACCGGAAAAUCCUGCAGUACCUGCUCACAGUGCCCGUCUUCAGCGAAGAUGCUCUCUACUUGGCUUCUUAUGAGAGUGAAGGACCUGAAAAUCACGUAGAGAAAGACAGGUGGAAGUCUUUAAGGUCGAGCCUCUUGGGCAGAGUUUAACACAUGGGAGCUGCUGCUGCUGCUGCAUCGCACAGAUCAUGCAAGGGCCAACUUUUGUCUUCUGGCAUCUAGAACUACAAUCAUGAGGACUCUGUAGGCCUUGGAAUGCUCUGGUCGGCAAAACAAGAAAGCUCACUCCAGAGCAGAUGGGAAACCUAUUUCCCACAGCUGACAGAUUGACUUCAGAUUUUUGUGAGAUUGAAAUGUUCACUGAAGACACUUGAGAAAGAAUCCUCUAAAGAUCCUGGCACUGCAUAUGAUUCAUCUCCUGGAAUUUCCAUGUGAAUCACAGCUCUGCACCGGAUGGAGUUUUCUUUUGUGUGUGUGUGUUUUUUUAUUUGGUUGAACUUUUGCUGCUAAUGAGACUUACCCAACUGAGUGCUGGCUCUUAGGAAGCCCUAGUUCCUUUGUUAAUUUAAAUCAAAAAGGGAGAGGAGGGAGGGGGAAAACCCCCUCAGUUUAGAUCCCAGACCUUAGCUCAAGCAGUUUUGCUGGAGAGGGGUAGCAUUGGCUGGAUGAGGACUUGCUUUUCCUUUAGUGUGCGCUGUGUUGUAAAUUCCUCUCCUCCCUCUUCCUACAAGGUUUUGAGUUGGCUGCUGGUUAGCAAACUCCUUUUUACCCAUAUAAGUUAUUUAAUAUAAUAAUGAAGCUCAACACUGUGGUAGGAAAAUAGCCACUAGGAAAAAAAAGCAGAGUUUGUUGUUGUUGGACUCCUCACUAGAAGGACCUUUUUUGUUUCCUUUGCCCUUCUGAGCUGUUUACAACUGACCACUAUGCUCUACAGAUGUGUUUUUCAGAACUUUUUUGUUGCUAGGUUUUCCAUGACACCUAUUUUUUUUUCUUGUAAAUUUAAAUGCCCUGACUUUAAGGGUCUUGAAAAAAUCAUGGCAUAAUCACAAUUUUUAAAAAAACAGACUUUCCUACUCUGUUGGUGACUAAGUAUGUAAACAAAAAAUAAAUUGGAAAAGUUGCCUCCUCUCCCAUAGCAGUGAACAAAACAGUGAAAAACACAUUGCUAUUAACUCAAUGAUUGAUCUAAUUGUGAAAUAGUUCACCUAUGUGAAACAUCUAAAUAGGUCUGUAGUGCUCUGCAAACAGCUGUCGUGUAUAUUUACUCUAGAAGAAACUGUAGAGUAGUAAUCUAUGCUGAUGAAAAAGCAAAACACCAUGUUUAAAACAGAUGCAUUUGCAAACUUCGUGAUUUUGAGAAACAGAGCAUGUGUGUGUGCUGUGUCAUCCCAGCAGGCCCAGACCCACUCCAGUUGUCCUUUUACCACCAUCAAUAUAUUUUACACUCUGCGGCCA